UUGAUGCACGGCGAUUUAAUUUCUUUAAAGGAAAAUAUUUCAUUUGUACAAUUUUCUUUGGGUUAAUUUUGGCACAUUCAAUACAUCUUCUGUUUUAUGGAUCAAGAUUCUGAUAAAUUUUACAGACGUGCCUACAAAAGAAUAAAUGAAGCGAAAGCAAGAGCUCGACCAGAACUAGGUGAUAAAGAUGGUAAUGGUUGGACAAAGCUAAAUUAUGCUGGAUCAUUUGAGCUUAAUUUAAAGUCUGUGAAAGAUAAUGUUGAGCGCAUUAAUGUUAAAGAUGUGCCACCUGAUGUUUUCAUUGAAAAAUACGAAAAAAUUUAUAAGCCUGUGGUUAUUACAGGUUGUACUGAUCAUUGGAAAGCACAAUACAAAUGGACUCUUCCACGUCUUGCUCGAAAAUAUAGAAAUCAAAAGUUUAAAUGUGGAGAAGAUAAUGAAGGUUACAGUGUUAAGCUGAAAAUGAAAUAUUUUGUUUAUUACAUGCAACAUAACAAAGAUGAUAGCCCACUUUAUAUAUUUGACAGCAGUUUUGGAGAACAUCCAAGAAGAAAAAAGUUGUUAGAUGAUUACGACAUACCUAUUUAUUUCCAAGAUGAUCUUUUCAAAUAUGCAGGAGAAGAGCGUAGACCUCCAUAUCGAUGGUUUGUUACUGGCUCUGUUAGAUCAGGCACUGGUAUACAUAUUGAUCCAUUAGGAACAAGUGCAUGGAAUGCUCUUAUUCAGGGGCAUAAACGAUGGUGCUUGUUUCCAACACAUACCCCUAAAGAAUUGAUAAAAGUUCGUCCAGAAGAAGGUGGCAAGCAAGGAGAUGAAGCCAUAACGUGGUUCCGUUAUAUUUAUCCUCGAACAUUGUCUCCAGAAUGGCCUAGAGAUUGCAAACCUCUUGAAAUAUUGCAAAAACCAGGAGAAAUUGUGUUUGUACCUGGAGGAUGGUGGCAUGUUGUAUUGAACAUGGACACAACCAUUGCAGUGACUCAGAAUUUUUGCAGUCUAACUAAUUUUCCAAUUGUGUGGCAUAAAACUGUUAGAGGCAGACCCAAACUCUCAAGAAAAUGGUUUCGAGUUUUGCGUGAUAAGAGACCAGAUUUGGCAGCAAUUGCUAAUAGAAUUGAUGUCAAUUCUAAAACAGGAGUUGCAUCUGACAGUUCGAGUGGAUCCAGUUCAUCCUCAUCUUCAUAUGAAUCAUCGUGUUGUUCUAGUUCUGAAAGUGAUGACUCAGGGAAGGCCAGCAUCAGUGACCGUAAGCGCAAAAGAAGAUGGUCUAGUCAUGACGACAGAGAAAGUCAACGUUACCGAAGAUAGCAUCUGUAUUCUUAGUGGGAAAACUCAUUUUAAACCAUUGAAAGAUUUUAACCUUGAAGUGUAUCGACUUGGAAUUUAGUUGUAUGGAAGUGUUGUGUAAGAUUUCUUUGUAUGGAAGUGUUGUGUAAGAUUUCUUAACUGAAACUGAACAAAAGUUAAUGCUUAUACAGGAUUUUAUUAAUGGAAAACUAUUCUUGUAAUGCAACUCAGUUACACUAAGACUUCCAGUGCAACAUGAGAUAUUGAUGUACUUUCUUUUAUGUUAUUUUCCUUCUUGGAAUGUUUGUUUUGCUACAAUACACUUUUACUGAGAAAUACUUGUAGAAUUAUGCAGAAUUUGUAACCUUUUCGAAUGAAUGAAAUAGACUACGAAUGAAGUUUUUGCCUAAAGAAAGAUUGCUUUUAAUCUAAUUUUGGUGAAUUUUUCUUUUAUAAAAUAUGAAAUAAUUAUUUUUCAUGUUG